ACUUUCAGCAGGCACCUCCUAGAUAUUGGUUCUUUCUUACUGGAGUGAAGGAGACAGGAACUAGGGGAGUGCAACAGCAAUUUGGAUUCACUCAGAUUCACUCAGCUCCAGCAGCACCCUCCUUACUUCCGCCUUGGUGACCGUCAACCUGCUGUAGAGGUUGCUUUAGAACGCAAGUUUUGCCUUUCGCCAUCCUUGGUGAUACUCUCGUGCAGUCGUCGCCAUGGCGUGCACUAGCGGGAUGUCGCUGAGAGCUAUGGAGAAGUCACUCAUUGCGUCUAACGGCUUCCUCCGCUCUUCAGGUACCGUCUCUCAUCGCCUUGUGACCCCAGCGCCGUUGCCGCGCCACCGGGUUUCUCGGCUUGUGACAGAGGCGAGGGUGCGCGAGAUUUUCAUGCCGGCUCUCAGCUCCACCAUGACGGAGGGGAAGAUCGUCGCAUGGUCCAAGAGCGAGGGCGAGACUGUGAGCAAGGGCGAGUCGGUGGUGGUGGUGGAGUCGGACAAGGCGGACAUGGACGUGGAGACGUUCUACGACGGCAUCAUCGCCACCAUUCUCGUGGGGGAAGGCGAGGUGGCCCCUGUGGGUGCAGCCAUCGCCAUCCUGGCUGAGAGCGAGGACGACCUGGAAGACGCCAAGAAGAAGGCCGCCAAGCUCGCUGGUUCUGACGGCGCUGCUGCUGCUGCUCCCGCUGCUCCUGAGCCCGCUGCUCCUGCCCCUGCUGCCGCUGCCCCUCCUCCCCCGCCCCCUGCGCCCGCGGCGCCUGCUACCCCUGGGAAGGUUGUUGCGACUCCUGAGGCGAAGAAGCUGGCAAAGAAACACAAGGUUGAUCUCGCCAAGAUUGCCGGCUCAGGUCCCUAUGGCCGGGUCACCCCCGAAGACGUCAAGAAGGCAGCCGGCAUCGCAACCACCCCUGCCCCCACCAUCGCCCCACCUGCUGCUGCUGCCGCCCCUGCCCCUGCUGCUCGUGCUGCUGCUCCUGCAGCAGCAGCAGCGGUGCCGCUGCCAGCGGGGGCGUCGGUGGUGGCGUUCACAGCCAUGCAGGGGGCAGUGGCGCGCAACAUGGAGGCCACGCUCGCCGUGCCCACCUUCCGCGUUGGCUACACGGUUACCACUGACGCCCUUGACGCUCUCUACAAGAGGGUGAAGGGUAAGGGAGUGACGAUGACUGCUCUGCUCGCCAAGGCAGUGGGCUUGGCGCUGGCGAGGCACCCCAUAGUGAACGCGGCGUGCAAGGACGGCAAGAGCUUCCAUUAUAACGCGAGUGUGAAUGUGGCGGUGGCUGUUGCCAUGGACGGCGGGCUCAUCACCCCGGUGCUGAAGAACGCUGACCAGACUGACCUGUUCACGAUGUCGGGGCAAUGGAAGGAGCUGGUGGGCAAGGCGAGGAGAAAGGCACUGAGCCCCAGCGACUACACUGGAGGAACCUUCACCCUUUCCAAUCUGGGCAUGUUUGGAGUGGACCGGUUUGAUGCCAUCCUACCCAUCGGCCAGGGUGCGAUCAUGGCCGUCGGAUCGUCCAUCCCAACGAUGGUGGCAGCAGAGGACGGCAGCUUCGGCAUCAAGAGGCAGAUGCAGAUCAAUGUCACGGCAGACCACCGCAUCAUCUAUGGCGCUGACCUGGCAGAGUUCCUCCAAACUUUUGCUAAGAUUGUGGAGGAUCCUGAGCAGCUUACCCUGUAGUGAGGAAGACAGUUUAGACGAGUGUUAUUCCUAUUUUCUUGAAUGUGGUAGCAAUUAGGGAGAGAUAAUCUUGUACCGUAUGCGAGGGAACACCAGCAGCAUGCCAGGACUAAUUCUGGCAAUUUUGAAGCUGAUGAUGAUGACACCAUGACCAUAUGCUAGCAGCCAAGAUCACAUUUCUAUCUAGCCACUAGGUUGAGUCUUGUACAUCACUAUUUGUUGCCGGUCUGUUCCUACAGUU